AGUGGCGCUGGCACCGCAGUGAUAAAUCUGCGGCAAGAAGCUGCCGAGCUGAGCAGGCGGGUCCACAAUCCGUGACAACGCCCAUUGUUGUCGUUACGACUGGCCAGCUGCCGGUUUAUGAUUUUAGUUGAGUCACUUGAGCCGUCCGUUCUCGUUAUACGUUGUCAGAGCAACCACGUUGUACUUUGUUUCCCAUUCAUUUGAUUUACUAACGAGUUCGCUACUCGUGAAACCAGAGGAAGUAAAAGAUGCGCUCUUCACAAAUAUUCACUUUUACAGUCAUUUAAUAACAGUCUGCUGUCUCACGUUUUUUUGUGAGCUUAAACUUCGGUCGGAGCCUCAUCCAGGUGAGAGUCAGCCGUCGCUCCGUGUAGACACAGGUGGGUGGGGAAAGCCAACGCGUUUGACAGCUGUACAUCCAAAAUGUCUCCGAUAAAGGACUUAAAUCUGGUUUAUGAAGCUCUCAACAAAGAGGACACUUUUUCUCAAGGAGAUACUAUCGCAGGCACAAUCACUUUCAGUUUGACAAAAGAAACCAAAGUGAAGGCUCUGACCGUGAAAGCCAAAGGGGACGCGCGCGUGCACUGGACUCAUGGCACCGGAGAUAACCGCAAAUCGUACAAUGCGCACAGGAGAUACCUGAAACUCAAAGAGCACGUAGUUGCAGAGAAUGAGAAAGGCACUGUACUUCCCAAAGGAGACCAUCAGUUUAAGUUCAGGUUUACAAUUCCACAGGGGGACAUGCCGCCAUCCUUCAAGGGGCUUCAUGGAAAGAUUGUCUACAUGCUGGAAGCAAAGGUGUCCAGAAGCUGGCGGAUGCCUUCUACAGUACAAAAAGAGCUCAAAUUUGUUUCAAAGUCCCUUUCCCACCUUAGCCAAGUAAUGUGUCCACAGUCUGGUUCAGUGGAUAAAAAGAUGAGCACUUUCUCUGAAGGACAGGUCCAAAUGUCUGCUACCAUAAACACAAACGUUUGCUCUCCAGGUGACAAUGUGGCUGUUGUUGCCAAAAUCCAUAAUUCCUCUUCCAAACAAAUGAAGCCCAAAUACAGUUUACAGCAGAAAAUAGUGUACCGUGCCAAUGCCUCCACUAAUAUCAGUGACCAAAGUCUGUGCAAAAUGGUUGGGGAGAUAAUUGCACCGAAUUCAGAGGAAUCCGUCUCCUGCCAGUUAACGGUUCCUGCCGAUGUCAUCCCAACUCUCCAUAAUUGUGAAAUCCUCACAGUUGACUAUUACUUUAAGGUGUAUUUGGACAUCAGUUUUGCUGUUGACCCAGAGGUGGUGUUUCCCCUGGUCAUAGUUCCUUCUGGUUUGGCUGCCCUUCAGCCUGGUGGAGCUGUGGGGCCUUACCCAGCUGGGGCUGGGGGUCCUUACCCAGCUGCGGCUGUUGGGGCCCCAAGUUACAGCGACUUCCCUCCCCCCGCCUUCCCGAUUGGACCUUAUCCUGUACCUUCAGGUUCAGGUGCUUAUGGCUACCCAGCACCAGAUCCCACUCAAUAUGCAAACAUAUCAAGUGGAUAUAAUAAUCAGUGGCCUCAACAGGCUGCUCCAUACGGGUUUCCAACUGCAGCGUCAUCCUCAGUGCAGCCUCAAGCCCCUACUGCUCCUCCUCUGUUUCAACAGGGACAAGAACCUCCACCGUAUAUGUCCCCUUUCUCCCCUUCUCAGGACACUCGGUAGGACUGGGUCAGAUCACAAAAGCUGAGCUUCUAAUGGAACAGAUAAUCUUGACUUAAAAAGUACUGACAGAUGAUGAGGGCAUUUGAGCUAUUCAUAUUGUGAUGUAUUUGCUGUUUUCAAAUGUAAAAAAACUGCAUGCUGUAUUUCUGCUGCAUGUAGUAUAAAUGACAUAUCUGUGCCCCUCAGUCAUUUCACUUUCAUUCAUUCACGGCAAUGCCUUUUACCUCAACUUGUUCUCUUCUAUAUGCAAGCUCUAAGUUGGCCAGGUGCAUGGGAUAUGGCUUUCCUGGGUUUUCAGUAGUGGUGCAGGCAAAAAGGGAACUUCAGUUCUUUGUCUCCCUGUCCAUAAAAGCCUUAAAUGGCAAGCUAGCCAGAGCCUAACCCCUGUAACGCCGAUUUGUAUUCUUUAUUUUUAUCUCAACUAUGUGUGUUGUACGAUGGGCAGUGUGCAAUUUAUUUAUUGGCUGGCGGCAGUCUGUGUAUGUACUGUAUGUAUGCACUGUGCUAUUUUUGUAUUUUUUAACAGCAGA